AAAUAGAAGGCGAUGUGAAUGUUGAAGGUUGAACGUGAGUUUGUGGGUGAGUGAGAAUGAUGGUAAGAGAAAAUGGAGAAUACUAAGAUCCGACGUAGCACCACAAUAUCAGCCCCUCCGUGGAAACCCAAAUGUCCUAUGAUGCAUCUUUUCAUAUCAUAGAUAGACUCAUUCACUCGUCGUUUCCUUCACAAAUCACAAUCACACAGGGAAAGAAAGAAACCAAGAAAGAAAGGACCUUUUUGUUUCACGUGCUUCAACUUCUUCUCUUCUUUCUCUACAACUUUACACUGUAAACCCAGAGAAAAAUAAAAUAAAAUAAUAUCUCCAAACUUCUGGGGGAAUUUUGAGCAAGACUAUUGCAAGUGCUAAGAUUUUGGAAGAUGUCUUCCAUUCCGAAAGGAGGGUCUCACAAAGGAAGUUUAAAGAGUUCAGAGGCACAUGCUAGUGUAGCAGAAAAGGAGGAAUAUCAUUUCUCAAAAGCAAUAGAUAGGCCCAGGCCGGCUUUGAAUAUAGACAGACAGAGAUCAUGUGAUGAAAGAUCACUGAGUGAACUAUCCGUAGGCUUUUCUCCACGUCAUUUGAUCUCAAAAAUUGAGUUCACAUCUCGCCUGGCAGAACAUGUUGAUCAUAUACAUUCCCCUCUGUCAAAGUCUGGCAUCAAUACUCCAAGAUCAGUGCCAUGGGAUUCACAUUCAUUAACAUCAGAAGCUUGGGAAGCUCUGAGGCGUUCCUUGGUAUAUUUUCGUGGCCAGCCAGUUGGUACAAUUGCUGCUUUGGAUAAUUCGGAUGAGCAACUUAAUUAUGAUCAGGUGUUUGUAAGAGACUUUGUCCCUAGUGCUUUGGCUUUUCUAAUGCAUGGUGAACCGGACAUUGUUAAAAAUUUUAUUUUAAAGACCCUUCGCCUUCAAUCGUGGGAGAAAAAGAUUGACAGAUUCCAUCUAGCAGAAGGGGUGAUGCCUGCUAGUUUUAAAGUAUUCCAUGAUCCCGUCAGAAACCACGAAACCCUUAUAGCAGAUUUUGGUGAAAGUGCGAUAGGAAGGGUCGCUCCAGUUGAUUCUGGAUUUUGGUGGAUCAUACUACUUCGGGCAUACACAAAGUCUACGGGAGACUCUUCACUGGCCGAAGAACCUGAAUGUCAAAAGGGUAUGCGCUUGAUCCUGAGUCUAUGUCUGUCAGAGGGGUUUGACACGUUUCCAACUUUACUAUGUGCUGAUGGAUGCUGCAUGAUUGAUCGCAGAAUGGGUGUUUAUGGGUAUCCAAUAGAAAUUCAAGCAUUGUUCUUCAUGGCUCUAAGAUGUGCCUUGCAAUUACUUAAGCCAGAUGCCGAAGGGAAAGAGUUCAUGGAGCGAAUUGUAAAAAGGCUGCACGCCUUAAGCUAUCAUAUGAGGAGCCACUUCUGGUUGGAUUUGAAGCAACUCAAUGAUGUAUACCGCUACAAAACAGAGGAGUACUCACAUACUGCAGUGAACAAGUUCAAUGUUAUUCCAGAAUCUUUGCCAGAUUGGGUGUUCGAUUUCAUGCCGCACCUUGGUGGAUACUUUGUUGGGAAUGUGAGCCCAGCUAGGAUGGAUUUCCGGUGGUUUUGCCUCGGCAACUGCGUUGCAAUUUUGUCGUGCAUGGCAACUCCGGAGCAGUCAACUGCAAUCAUGGAUCUCAUAGAAUCACGGUGGGAGGAAUUGAUUGGGGAGAUGCCUGUGAAAGUAUGUUAUCCAGCUCUAGACAACCAUGAAUGGAUGAUCAUAACAGGGUGUGACCCAAAAAAUACUAGAUGGAGUUACCAUAACGGGGGAUCCUGGCCAGUUCUGUUAUGGCUUCUGGCUGCUGCGUCGAUAAAGACAGGGAGACCCCAGAUUGCAAGACGUGCCCUUCAAAUAGCUGAGAAUAAAUUGCUGAAGGACAACUGGCCGGAAUAUUACGAUGGAAAGUGGGGGAGAUACGUUGGGAAGCAGGCCCGUAAGUUCCAGACCUGGUCCAUUGCCGGCUACUUGUCCGCUAGGAUGAUGCUGGAUGACCCUUCCCAUAUAGGCCUUGUGGCUCUCGAAGAAGACAAACUACUCAAGCCUUUGCUCAAGAGAUCAAACUCAUGGACUUUGUGAGACUCACUCACGGAAAACACAACAACACCACAUUGAUGCUUUCUAUGUUGCAUUUCUUGUGUUUUCCUGUUCCUUCUCUCCAAACCUUAACGCCAUUUUCUUACAAACAAUUAUACCUCACUACAAUCUCCUACUCAUAUAUUGCUGU